AAAAAUUAGUGUUUAUUAACAGCUGAUUGAAUGUUUUUAUGAAUUGUACAUUUUAUAUUAUAAUUGUUGUAAAAUGUUUCUGUGAAUUUGUUAUUCAUUUUAUCAGAACUUAAGAUAAAAUCUUGAAGACCUAUCAUAAAGUGGAGCGCAUUGCAUACCUGAAAGCUACAAAAAUGGCGGUCUCCGAUGGACCUAAUGCAUCUUGUGAAGACAAAACAUACAAAGAUAUACCGAAAUCUAAAGACAAAAAAGAAAAACCGUUAACAAAAGUCAUUGUUAGACGUUUACCCCCUUCAAUCGACUUACAAUCGUUUUUAAUGCAGGUUUCUCCAAUACCAGAUUAUGAUUACAUAUACAUUGUCAGGGGGGACAUGAGUUUUGGCGAACACGCAUUUGGAAGAGUUUACAUAAACUUUGUUCAGCCAACUGAUAUAUUUAUGUUUAAGGAAAAGUUUGAUAAUUACGUCUUUGUAGACCAGAAAGGACACGAGUACCCUGCCGUCGUGGAAUUUGCAUCUUUCCAAAAGAUUCCGCGUAAACGCAAACCUAGACUUGAUCCAAAAGUGGGGAGCAUUGAAUCGGAUCCUAUCUAUUUGGAAUUUGUAGAGUCGCUUAAGGAGCAACCUAAUCAAGAUAUUAAACCAGAGUUUUCAUAUCAGUUUGGCAAUGAUACAAAAGAGGAAAUAUCGAGUACACCACUACUGGACUACAUCAAACAAAGGCGUAUUGAUAAACAACGUAUAAGAGAGGAACGUCGAGAAGAAAGAAAACGAAAGGAGCUGGAAAGAAAAAAAUUAAGAGAAGAUGAACGUAAAAGGUACGAACAGAAAUCUCCUGCAAAAGUUGCCAGUAAGCCGGUUGGUGGCAAUCGUUCAACCAAAACAGCUCUUGAUAGUUUGAAAGAGGAGGAGAAACAUGAUGCUAAGAUAAAAGAAGAAGAUACUCCACAGUUGGACAAAAGUGCCAAGGAGGACUCGAAGGGACAUUUUAAAUUAAAACCUCGAUUUCCAACUCGUUCGGAAAAGGUAGAUUAUCAUGAUAAGAGAUCAGAAUAUAAAAACCGUAGAGAUGAUUAUAGGGAAAAAGAGUUCAGAAGUCGCAGGUUUGAAGAGUAUAAAAAUGAACCAGACUUCAAGGCACCUCGGCGAACAAAGAAAUAUAGUGAAAAACGAGAGGAGAGGAGGAACGAGGCUAGGAAAGCUGAGCUUAAGAUCGUAGAAGAAAUUGUUGAGAAGCCAGAAGAAACAGAUAAUAUGCCUGAGGGUCAAGUGCAAGCUGAAAGUACCGAAGGGCAAAAUGAAGAAGCAGGUAACGUGCAGACUGACGACAUGGAAGAGAGCAGCUUACCAGUUGAACACAAAUUGGAGAAUCAAUCUUCCACUGAAUUUGAUGAUGAUGUUAGUCUGGAUAAGGAAAGCAAAUGCAAAGAGCAUGAUCCACGUUUACAAAGACGAAUUAGAAAUAAAGAUCGUCCUACAAUGGCUAUCUAUCAGCCAGGCAUGUUAUCAAAACGUAAAACUACUGAUGAUGAUACCGCAGGUCCAAAAGAGUGAUUAUCCUAUUGCAGUACGCCAAUUGAUUUUAUGGGAACCUCUACAAGAGAAUUCAGAGAAAUUUUCUACUCACACGGCCGAUGAAGUGAGAAGGAAGAUUACUUUUAGGAGUUAAAUAUUUGGGUUUGCCCUUUAUGAUUAGAUGUUUUUUUUAACUUUUGUUUCAUACAUUAGUAAAUAGGGGAUACAUUUCUAUUCAUAAUUAUUUUAAAUAAAAAAUUGCAACUUA